CUCAGUAUUUAUAUGUUUAACAGAGCUGUACUUCCUUGUUUGCAGUUUUUGAUUCAUUAUUUUACAGGUGGAACUGCUGCCACUAUCUGGCAUUGGAUGGGUCCUCUCUUGACAUGGACAUUCAGUGCCCUCUGGAUCAUACCAAUUUUUAUACUCAGCAAGAUUGUAAAUGCUCUCUGGUUUCAGGAUAUAGCUGAUGCAGCUUACAGGAAAUCCCGUGGGAGACCUCUCCUGCCCAGCUUACAAAUGCUGAUAGCUGACCUGCUGUUUAGUAUUAUACUCGAGAGUGUUUUUCUAAUACAGGGCAUGCUGGCCAAAAGGCUACUGCCUAUACCAGGGAUAGGAGAUCUAGUCAGUAUACUUCACAUGUGCCUCCUGUACUCACUCUAUUCAUUUGAAUACAAGUGGUUCAACAUGAACUGGCCCCUUCAAAAGAGGGUGGCUUACAUUGAGAACAAUUGGCCUUACUUUGUGGGCUUUGGUCUUCCCUUGGCCAUUAUGACCUCUAUGGCAGACUCCUUUGUCAUAAGUGGCUGUGUGUUCUCCCUAUUUUUUCCACUAUUUAUUAUCAGUGCCAAUGAAGCUGGACAUAUCCAUGAAAUUCAUGAUAUGCCCCUAAUGUUGUUCACCCCAGCAGCCAAGGUCACCAAUCAGUUGUUUCCAAAAUUAUCCAGGAGAGCAACGCCCUCUAGCGGUCACACAACCCCAUCUAGCGGCCAUUCUACCCCUGCAGGGACACCCAAGAAGCAACUUCAUAUACGCUGACUUUAUAGGAUGUUAGGUCCACUGUCACCGACCAACUGUCAUUUUACUCAAGUUAUGCAUUAAUAUAAACUGUGAAAUUGAAACAGGAUGUUUGAUCGGACUUUUGACUCACAUAUCACUAUAGAAUGAUAACUUGAGCAGUUUGUAGAAGGUUAAAGAUUAACUACAUUUAUGCAGUGUGGUUUUGAUUAAAAUUACUGACUGCAUUCAAAGAUAGACCCACUUAGUAUUACUAAAGAUAUGCCAACACAUAAUGCUCAAGUUUAAGUGUAAAGUGAAUUCUUUGAUAUAUUGCAUACCCAGAUAACUGUAAUGGUUUAAAAUAUAGUAAACAUUUGUGCAGCACAAGUUCAGUUUAAUUUGAUGCUGAUGAGAAUGCUAUGAUUUGUUUUCCUUUUUUUUUUCGCACUGGUGCUGCAUUUAUAACAAAAAUUGUAAAUAGUUAUCAAAGCUUGUCCAUGUUAAAGUCAGGAAGACUUUAAUAUAUUUAAGCAUAUCUUUGCAACAGAGAAAUAAAAGUCUUAUAAUUGUU